CCCAAACCGCACUUCAUCGUCCUCUCCCCGUUACGUAUCUUCUUCCAGGUCUCGUCAAUCGCCAAGCCCUGACCCAAUCUGACAGGCUCCUCCCCACUAGUGAUGUCGGAGGUCACCGUCGACUCGCCGCAGCGCCGCCGCUCACCGCCGCCGCCGUCGCCUUCGAUGCCGCGCUUCCAGCAGCAGCCGAGCGGUCGCCAGCCGCCCCCGCCCGGCGGCAACCCCUUUGCCUUCGGCGUCGUCUCCUUCAUCGGCGUCUGCUUCGUCCUGAUUUCACUCUCAGUUCCAUCAAGCAUUCUACAUCAAGUUCCUGAAGGACAUGUUGGGGUAUACUGGAGUGGAGGUGCUCUUUUGAAAACAAUCACUCCUCCAGGGUUUCAUCUUAAGCUGCCUUGGAUCACCCAGUAUGAGCCAAUACAGGUUACACUUCAAACAGACCAGGUUAAAGAUAUCCCUUGUGGAACAAAAGGUGGUGUCAUGAUCAGCUUUGACAAGAUAGAGGUUGUGAACCGCCUCCGUAAAGAGUUUGUGCAUGAAACCUUACUCAAUUAUGGUGUGCAUUACGACAAGACAUGGAUAUAUGAUAAAAUUCAUCAUGAGAUAAACCAGUUCUGCAGUGCUCACAGUUUGCAACAAGUUUACAUCGACAUGUUUGACCAGAUUGAUGAAACAAUGAAAGAAGCUAUUCAAAUCGACUGCACACGCUAUGCUCCUGGCAUUGAAAUCAUCGGUGUUCGCGUUACAAAACCAAAUAUCCCUGGUAGUAUUAGAAGAAAUUUUGAACUUAUGGAGGAGGAGCGUACAAAGGCACUGGUCGCCAUUGAGAAGCAAAAGGUAGCUGAGAAGGAGGCAGAAACACAGAAGAAGAUUGCACUAUCUGAAGCAGAGAAGAAUGCCCAGGUGAGCAAGAUCCUCAUGGAGCAGAAGCUGACGGAGAAGGAUAGUUCCAAAAAGCUGCAGCAGAUUGACAAUGAAAUGUUCCUUGCACGAGAGAAAGCACUGGCAGAUGCAAACUACUACAGGGUCUUGAAGGAAGCAGAGGCUAAUAGGCUUAAACUUACCCCUGAAUAUCUUGAGCUGAGGUUCAUUGAAUCAAUCGCCAAUAACUUGAAGAUUUUCUUUGGUGAAAAGAUUCCAAACAUUAUCAUGGAUCAGAGGUUGCUUAAGAAUUACCUGGAUGCUGUUCCGAGGAAGGACCAUUCUGAAAUGUAGAAGCGUGUUCUGUGAAUCGCAAGUAACACCGGCUAAUUUUGUGAUCGCACGUGGUAGAUAGGAUUCCCAUGAAGCCAUUCAGGACAUUAGAAAGCCAAACAAGGAAAAGACAUCAUGACCUCGCUAGGAUGGAAACUAGCAGUUAGUCUUGUAAGAAAAACCUUUGCCUUAUUUUGUGUCGUGGUAUUAGCAUAGCUGGAGCAAUCUGCAUGUGGCUGACAUCGAUGCAACCAGCACAAAUUCUCUUGGAUAUCUUGUGCUAGUCUGCAAAACUAAUGGCUAGGUCACCCAGCACAAUGAUGAAUAUUGAGCGGCCAAGCUAUACUGAGGACUUCACUGUUAAUGACAAGCUCAAUCUAGAGUGCGUUAUAGAAUGUACUCUUUACAUUCAUGUAAUCUCCGUGACGAAGACUAAAUUGUUUGCUUAUUCUGGCAUUUACGCCUAUCGUGAACUCGCGAUCGAUUUCCCAAGUUCAUAACGCUGUAGAAUCGGUAAACCUGCAAAUGAUAAUCACUGCAGUAUGGAUGGAUAAUACAGUGGAGGAGUCUUCAUGUCUGGGUAAAGGAGAAUUCGGCAAGCAAGCGGCUUUUCCCUGUGCUGCGCAUGUCUGGGGUGCACUCCAAGAGAAUGGUUCUCGAUGAAGCUAUGUGAUGAUGAUACAAACUUACAAGAGAAGGUGGGAUUUGAAGGUACAGCUAGAAGAGCUUUGCUCUAUUACCCCCAGGGACGGAUCUUAGGGGGGGCGGAGGGGGAUCAAGCCCCCCCUACCCCUCGGGCGCAUCUUGUAGCUUGGAGAUGAUCUGCUCUGUCUGAGGAAAAGUGCUUGGUGCCUGGGAGGAGCUUCCGAUCGAACAGAGGAAGAAGAAGACCGCCUGGGCCGAGAUUGAGACCGAGGAAUUUUCUAACCCGCCCAUUCACAUUUGCCACAUCGUUCUCCCCUGAUCCUAUCCCCAUUCGCAUUUCGCAGAACACACGCCGAAGCCGAAUCCCUAACUCCAAAAUCCAAAUCCAGCCACCGGUGGCGACGGAGCGCGGGGUCGCGGGUGGGCGGCGCUGCAGCGGGCCGGCGUCCGGCGUGGGUGGGCAGUGCCAGCGCCCAGCAGCGCAGGCAGCGGCGUGAGUAGGCGGCGCCGGCGCACCGCACGACGCACGGCACAGGCCGUCAGGCUGAUUUGCUGCAUCUGUUCCUGCUGGGCUUCUGAUGAGUGCCGAUUGCUGAACAGCACAGGCGCACAACCACUCAUUUCAGAUUGGCAUUGGCUGAACGGCUCACCUUCUGCUGUGUGCUAAUUGCUGAAGGUAAUAAGCCAAUAAGGUAUACAAAUGCUUGCCUGCUUGAUUAGUUGAGCACAUUGAGGAUUAAGCAGUGAGCACAUUGAUCAGUCAACAGUGUGCUAGAUUAGUUGAUUACCUUAGCAGUUUGCUAGAAUCUAGAUAUGAAAAAUGAAAUUAUGAAUCAUAUGAUAGUUCAUAGUUGA